ACUUCCCAGCUUCCCUUGUGGACUACGGAAGUCAUUUCCGCCCCUAUGAGGGGCCCGUAUCCCAUCUUCUUCUGUAGGCAUUUUGGCCAUCUGCACACGUGAGUGAUAAAGUGCUUCCUCGCUGUGAAUAAACAUGGUCCCACCUAAGGAAAACUGAACGGAAUCAAGACCCCUAGGCUAUAUUAUUUCUAGACUGAGUCGUUUUGGGGGCUUGCCUCCGGAUUUCUUCUGAAGACAGUAUAACUUUGAAACCUCAUCCCUGGCUCUGUUUUGAGGACCAUAGACUCACCAAGCACCCUCAUACAUCACCAAGUGGGAGUCUUCCAGCCUUGCUCUUUUGUGUGAUUGCUUUAGCUAUGAAAUGACUUCUAUAAUGAGGAAGGAGCAUGUCUUUUGGGCAUUUGUAUGUCUGUUGCUCAGCAUUGUCCCGGAGCUUCUUAGUGCUCUGCCUGAGGAAGUUGAUGGACAUGCAAAAACCACAGAUUCAGAACAGCCACCAAUGAAACCGAAGCAUACAUUUUGCGCAAUGAAGGUAGAUGAUGGACCGUGCAAAGCCAUGAUAAGGAGUUAUUUUUUCAAUAUUUUUACUUACCAAUGUGAAGAAUUUAUAUAUGGGGGAUGCAGAGGAAACGAAAAUCGAUUUGAAACCCUGGAAGAAUGUAAGGAGACAUGCAUCAGAGGUUAUAAAAAGAAGACUGUAAAGACACCAUCUGGAGCAGAAAAGCCAGAUUUCUGCUUCUUGGAAGAGGACCCUGGGAUCUGCCGAGGCCUCAUUACUAGAUAUUUUUAUAAUAACCAGUCAAAGCAGUGUGAGCAAUUCAAGUAUGGUGGGUGCCUAGGCAACCGCAACAACUUUGAGACUUUGGAUGAAUGCAAGAGCAUCUGUGAGGAUACCGGGAAUGAAUUACAGACAGACAACUAUACACCUGAUCUCAAUACUGCAAAUAACACUUUGAUCCCCCAGUCUACCAAAACACCCAGCCGUUGGGAAUAUCAUGGCCCUUCAUGGUGUCUUAGUCCAGCAGACAGUGGAAUGUGUCAAGCCAAUGAGAAAAGAUUCUACUACAAUUCAACCAUUGGGAAAUGCCGCCAAUUUAAGUACACUGGAUGUGGGGGAAAUCAUAAUAAUUUUACUACCAAAAAAGACUGUGUUAGGGCGUGUAAAAGAGGUUUCCUCAAAAGAAUAUCAAAAGAAAGAACAAUUAAAACCCAAAGAAGAAAGGAGCCUUCUGUGAAAGUAGUCUAUGAAGCAUUUAAUUAGUGUUAAGAUAUAAACACAUUAUUGUUACAUUAAUUUCACUAAAUAUUUCAUAAGGUAGUUUUACUAUGAUGUCUAUUCUUCUAUUACAAUAAUUUUAAUGACUAUAUUAAUAGUUAAUUUUCCAGGCCAUUGUGUCUGCUAAGAAUGUGUUUUCAUUGUUUCUUUUCUAAUCUAGCCAAUGUACUUUUUUAAAGCUAUAAUUAAUUACCUGGCUACUGUGAAUUUUAUCUCAGUCCCUUUCAAACUAUUUUCUGUUUAAUUACAAGUUCUCUUACUACUAACCACAUGAACCAAUCUUCUCAUUUCCAUUGGCGAACAUCUACUAGAAGAUAUAUUUUCUUUUGUUAUGAUCAUGAACAUUAUGUACUCUUGAUAAUCUAAACCUUCUCAAUUUUAUUUUUAACAAUGUAAGAAAUAAAAUAUUCUACCUUGAACAAUAAACUUGACUGUUACACUGAUGUUUACUAGAGAACGUCUUGCUACUUAUCAUAAAGGUACAGAGUUGUAAAAACAAAUAAAAAUCACUGUCCCUGCUU